UAGGCUAACAACUGUAGCGAGCACUCGAAAAAUUACGCAGACACAGAGAAAAUAUUGUAGCUGCCGGGUCACGAUUUGUCGAGGUCUCGGUUUUGAAACUGAAUUACGCCGGCGUGAGUCUCGGUGUAGAAGGCUGGAAACGCCGUGGGUCUUGGUCUUCCCGGUAGCAUCAGACGGCUGUUGUAGCUGUGUUUCGCGGUGGUUUCCGAUUCGUUACGAGUGGUUUAGCUUGUGAGGUGAUUUCACAGUUGAUAUUCGUUUCAAGCUCAAAUCGGUCAAGAUUGAACGGUGGCAAUGGAUCAAGACUAUGAAGAAGAGGUAAAGACGUUUCAGAGCUUGGGGAUAUGUGAGCAAUUGGUUGAGGCAUGCGAGAGUUUGGGCUGGAAAAACCCGUCUAAGAUUCAGGUCGAGGCUAUUCCUCAUGCCCUAGAAGGAAAGGAUUUAAUUGGACUUGCACAGACUGGUUCUGGGAAAACUGGAGCUUUUGCCCUUCCCAUUUUGCAAGCCCUUUUGGAUGCUCCUCAAGCAUUUUUUGCCUGUGUGCUCUCUCCCACAAGGGAGCUUGCAAUUCAGAUAGCCGAGCAGUUUGAAGCUUUAGGGUCUGGCAUUGGUAUCAAGUGUGCAGUGCUUGUUGGAGGGGUAGACAUGGUGCAGCAAGCCAUUAACUUGGCAAAACGGCCUCAUAUUGUUGUUGGGACGCCGGGACGUCUUGUGGACCAUCUAACUAAUACGAAGGGUUUUUCCCUGCGCACAUUGAAGUAUUUGGUCUUUGAUGAGGCAGAUCGGUUAUUGAAUGAAGACUUCCAAAAAUCAAUAGAUGAAAUUUUGAAUGAAAUUCCUCGUGAGAGGAAAACAUAUUUAUUUUCUGCUACUAUGACAAAAAAGGUUCGGAAACUUCAAAGGGCAAGCUUAAGAAAUCCUGUUAAGAUUGAAGCGGCAACCAAAUAUUCCACAGUAGACACAUUGAAGCAGCAAUAUUGUUUCAUCCCUGCGAAGUAUAAGGAGUGUUAUCUUGUUUAUAUCUUAACUGAGAUGUCUGGUUCAACAUCAAUGGUCUUCACUCGCACUUGUGACGCUACUCGGCUUCUAGCAUUGAUUCUUCGAAAUCUUGGGUUAAGAGCCAUACCCAUAAGUGGUCAGAUGACCCAGGCAAAGAGAUUAGGAGCCUUAAAUAAGUUCAAGGCCGGAGAGUGCAAUGUUCUUAUAUGCACUGAUGUGGCUAGUAGAGGACUUGAUAUUCCAUCUGUGGAUAUGGUCAUAAAUUAUGAUAUUCCUUCAAAUUCCAAGGAUUAUAUACAUAGAGUGGGAAGAACUGCUCGUGCAGGUCGUUCCGGGGUUGCCAUUUCGUUAGUUAAUCAGUAUGAGUUAGAGUGGUAUAUGCAGAUAGAGAAGCUGAUAGGGAAAAAGCUACCGCAGUUUUCCGCUCAAGAAGAGGAAGUUUUGAUGUUGUUAGAGCGUGUGGCAGAGGCGAAGAGAAUAUCCAUCAUGAAAAUUAAAGAAACCGGUGGCAAAAAGAGGAGAGGUGGAGAUGAUGACGACGACGACAACAAUGAUGUUGAAAAGUAUAUGCGUCUCAAGACUGGAAAAAUGUCUAAGAAUGGAAAAACGUCCAAGAAGAUGAAAAGAAAAUGAGUAAAAAAAGUUGUUUAUAUUUAUAAUUUAAUUAGUCUCGAUUCAAUUUUUGCUAGUUUUAGGUGAAUAUGAUGUUCUUACGUGAAUACAAAUCAUCAAAUGAACGAGAAAUUUUGACAUUUCGUGUAUUUAAGAUACUUGUGAUCGAUUAAAUAUCA